AUGGCGUUUAGUUUGAAUAUUUUAGGAUAUGGAGGUAAUUUCACAGCCUUCCCAUCAUACAUUGUUGAAGUUGGAUACCAGAAAGACGAGGUAGCAGUAGCAAUGUCAAUCAUUGGCGCAACUGAAGUCAUCGCUAGACCAUUCUUUGGCUGGUUCGCUGAUUUAAAAUGGUUGAGCGUCAAACAUAUAUUAAUAUUUUCAGCUAUCACCAGUGGACUUGCAGCGAUCCUGUUGCCGUUGUGGGAUUCAUAUGAGAUUAUGCUUGUGUACGCUGUAGUGGUUGGGACAUUUCCAGGAGCAUUCUGGAGUCUUAUGGCUGUGGCCAUGUUAGAAAGUGUCACGCUUGACAAACUGACAAGGGCGAUGGGUCUUCUAUCCCUGUUUAUGGCCUUUGGCAUCGUUCUUAGUCAACCAUUGGCAGGAUGGGUGAAGGAUGUCACUGGAUCCUGGGAUUUAUCCUUCCGGAUCAUUGGAAUGUUUGUAUCUGUUGCUGGACUUGUUGUCUUAGCAGAGCCUAUUUUCCACCGUGUUUGGAACCGCAAUAUGGCAGAUUCAUUUCGGAGGAAUGAAGAAUUGGGACACGGUGUCGCUGAACAGUGUUUUGAAAUAACGUUUGAGCAGCCGAUGGAGAAUGAUCGUGACGCAAUGAAAAACGUAGAUCUAGUGUCAUCGAGUAGUUUUGGUGAACUGACACAAAAGGAUACAGAUAGCGUAUUUAUCAUACCAACUUCCAAGUCUACGUAUUUGUAA